GUCGACACUACUCAGAAUAUUGACCCUGUUACUCCGUACAGUAGAGUACUAAGCUCCCAACAGCACUGCAGGCGAACACAGCCAGACGAUGACUGCUGAGUAAACGGACCCUGGCUACAUGAUACAAGCCGGGCCGAACUAUGAAAUCGAACCGUCCAUCUUGGCUGUUGAUACGGAGUACAGCAAAAGAGGCGUUUCUGGACACUACUGGAGUUUUUUGAGCAUUGAACUAAUACGCGAAACAAAUCAACCUUCUGACUUCCAAGGAGCGAUGUGACCGUUGUCUCAAGCUAUGAAGCCCCUAGGCUGGGACGCCUGAUCUCUUUUUUUAUUUCUUUGCAACGACUCCAUCAACAGUCAGCCCAUAAUUAAUUCCACGCCAAACCCCCGACAGGCGCAAAACUUUCGAUAAAAGAUGGCAAUUCCAUCGAUCUCUAAUGGUUGUUGAGUGUGACUGAUGACAGGGUGAAUUAUCACGGAGGUAUACGGCGUGUAGAUAUAUACGGAGUAUACAUAUCCUCAUCAUCAUCGUCAAUAAUGCUAUUAUUAUCCUUCGGUCUGGGUUUAUUAGCAACCACCGGGAUCAUUACUGCGACGGUAGAAGCAAAGUCAACAACGGUCUCAACGACAGGCAACUGUGGUGUACAGUCUGACGACACCGUCCUCACAUGUUUGGGUUCUACUUUCGGUAACUGUUGCUCGACUCACGGCUUUUGUGGUUCCAACGCCACCUAUUGCGGAGGAGGAUGCCAGACGGCAUACGGGUCUUGCACUCCCAACUCGGGUCUCAUCAGCGUCGACGGUCGAUGUGGGGGCUCGUCCGACCCCGGCGAUCAAAUAUGCCUAGGAAGUGAGUUCGGCAAUUGUUGUAGCCAGAACGGAUUCUGCGGUGGCAACAGUACCUAUUGCGGAACCGGGUGCCAGGAGGAAUUUGGGACCUGUGGUGACGACGAUGACUCUACUGGAGUAGCGGCCAACAAAAAUACCACCGACACGGUCGGGUUCAAGGUCGGAAUGGCAAUCAUGGCCGUUGCGAUUGUCGGUAUCAUCGGACUGGUUGCCUUCUUUGUCGUGCGUCGGAGAAGAAGGGCCGCUACAGCUGUCGUGUCAGCGAAGCAACAAACUGAUACAAGUACGAGUACAAUCUUUUUGGAAAAAGGACCGGAUGAUCACAAGUCCACCAAUGCCGGUUUGGGUUCUCCAACAUCAACCACGAGGAGCAAGUUUCAAGAAUUAGAUGCCGACAGUACGACCAUUCAAGAAUUGUCAACAUCCUACAAUGAGUCGACGGACGACAAGAAAAAGUCAAUGGCUAAUCAUACUGUUGAACUGGAAUAGAAAAGUUCCAUGUGGG